AUGCGUCACUUAGUAUCCAUCAAGGACCUCUCCAACAAAGAGUUUUCUGCUCUGGUCGACAGAGCUCAGCACCACAAGAAAGUUUUCAAAGCCGGAAAUUUAACCGACAGCCAAAAAAACCAGCCAAGUUGCUCGGAAAGACCAUCGCGCUCGUGUUUUCCAAAAAAUCCACCAGAACCAGGAUUUCCACAGAAGCCGCAGCAGCAUUUUUCGGGGCCCAGACCAUGUUUCUUGGCAAAGAAGACAUUCAGCUUGGCGUCAACGAGUCUCUAUAUGACACAACCAAGGUCAUAUCGUCAAUGGUCUCCUAUAUUUCCGCGCGUGUUAACAAACAUUUUGAAAUUCAGCUACUGGUAAAGCACUCAUUGGUACCUAUCGUAAACUCCCUGUGUGACAAGUUUCAUUCCUUACAGGCAAUUUGUGACCUGCUGACUAUCAAGGAGCAUCUCGACUACACAAAAAACAAGCUAAAGGUAGCCUGGGUCGGUGAUGCAAAUAAUGCCAUUAACGACAUGGCUAUCGCAUGUUUGAAAAUGGGCAUCGACGUGGCUAUUUCAACACCACUCGGGAUUGAGAUGGAUCAAGACAUCACCGGCGCUGGUUUAGAGAUCGCCAAGGGCAACUGCACAAAAUUGAAUUGUACACACGACUCGAUAGAAGCCGCCACGAAUGCAGACGUUCUCGUCACGGACACGUUCGUUUCCAUGGGUGAAUAAUACGCCAAAGCUGCCAAAUUAAGGCAGUUCAAAGAUUUUCAAGUAGACUCAAAGCUUGCCUCGCACGCCAAGCCCGACUACAAAUUUAUGCACUGUCUCCCAAGACAUAAGGAAGAAGUUAGCGAUGAUGUCUUUUUUGGUGACCUCUCUAUUGUAUUCGAGCUAGCAGAAAAGAGACUCUACGCUGCCAUGGCGGUUAUCGAUAGUUUUGUCAUCAACAAGGGCAAUUUUGAUGCUUGCCCU